CAAGUUUGCCAAUAAAAAUAAACCACGCAAAUUCCUCGGCCAUUCACAAGGCAGCAAAACAACAAAGCGUAAAACGGGAAAAGCAAAGGAAAAGCGGCCCCGCAGCGGUGACGUCGUGCAGGAAAUCAAUCGAAGAAAACAAGACUGGCGACGAUAAAUUUGCGAGGCGAGUCAAGUCGUCAGUUAUCUAUCUCCCUCUGCUCGUUUCGCUUCGUCUUUUGGGGCUGUUUUGGGGCACCGAAUCGAAGGGAAAAAACAUUCCACAUCCAAACUCACCAGCUAUCUAUCCGAAAGGCUUACUCAGCAGCGGGAGUGAGUUGCCGUAACCGUCCGUAGAACCAAUCACCAGUUGCCAUCUCAGAGGAGGAAGACCGCAGCCGCAUCCGCAUCCGAUCCAAUCCGAACCGAUCAUGGCAACCACUCCACGCAGCGGCGGUGCCAGCGGCACUGGAACGGCGCAGCGACCCAAUGGCACCUCGCAGAACAAAAGUUGCCAAUUCAAGUUGGUGCUCCUUGGCGAGUCCGCCGUGGGCAAGUCAUCCCUGGUGCUGCGCUUCGUCAAGGGACAGUUCCACGAGUACCAGGAGAGCACGAUAGGUGCGGCCUUUCUGACACAGACCAUUUGCAUAGAGGACACCGUCGUCAAGUUCGAGAUCUGGGACACGGCCGGCCAGGAGCGAUACCACAGCUUAGCCCCCAUGUAUUAUCGGGGAGCGCAGGCCGCCAUCGUCGUCUAUGAUAUACAGAAUCAGGACAGUUUUCAGCGUGCGAAGACUUGGGUCAAGGAACUGCAUAAACAAGCCUCACCAAACAUUGUCAUUGCGCUGGCCGGCAACAAGGCCGAUCUGUCAAACAUUCGCGUCGUGGAGUUCGAUGAAGCGAAGCAAUAUGCCGAGGAGAACGGGCUGCUGUUCAUGGAGACGUCCGCCAAGACGGGCAUGAAUGUCAACGACAUCUUCUUGGCCAUUGCCAAGAAACUACCUAAGAACGAUGGCGCCAACAAUCAAGGAACCAGCAUAAGGCCGACUGGCACCGAAACAAAUCGACCGACGAACAACUGCUGCAAGUGAUGUCCCUUUGUAGAAAAUGAAAUUUCCAACGAGAGAUUUGAAAAGUUUAUGCUGAUAAUUAUAAAUAAAAAAAUUAUUUAAAAAUUCAACAGAAUCAGAAAGAAGUAUCGGCUCUCCUCCCCUACUGUCCCGGCAGUACCUUCAUUUGAGAGCCUUCAAAACAUUAACGAUAAAGACCGCAUAAUAAGAAAUAUAAACUAAAUUCCCAGAAAAUAAACGAAACGAAAGUUGCAAUUGAAGAAUGUUAGUUACCAACCAAUUCCCCCAAUUAGACUAGAUAUCUGUCCAAAGGAGAAAACUGACACGCCCCCGAAAUUGAGCUACACUAUCGAUAUAAUACCAACAUAAACCAUUUCAAAUAACAACGCAAAAUCAUAAAACUUGGAGAGAAAGCGCGGAGGGUUUUUGCAGAGUUCAUCGUGUCGUAGAAAGUUUGAAAUUGUAUUGUAUAAAAAAAUAAGAUGAAACCGGAAAGCAUCUAAGCGAGCAAAGAAUAUUUGUAAAGUUUACAUUUCGCGUAAGUUUCUGGGCGAAUUAAGUGAAGGGAAGAUUCCAGUUGCAGUUGUUCUCAGCAGCGUUCCAAAUAAACAAAUAAAACAAACAAACAAACACCACAAGGAGCAAAAGUUCAGGCCAGCGGCUGAAGAUCCUCGCUCGCCUCGGUCUGUGGCAAUGUGUGUGUCUCUCCGGCUCCGGAGCACGGAUUCCAGACUCCGGAUCCACGGGUGCAGAUGCGGAUUCGACUCCGGGUCGCGGCGGACACGUGUGAUAGUUGCAAUUUAUAUAAAUUAUAUAUACACAUAUGAAAAUGAAUGAGAAAAAGAACAAAAACCACAAAAAAAAAAACAAUUAUGCAUAAUUUUAACUAUUUUUUUAUUUUCGUCUUGCGUUGAACUAUUUUUCCAUAUUCUAGCAACAAUCGAAGAUUCAAUGCUACUAUCUUUAAACGUGAACGAGAAGGGAGAAACUAUCGUAAACCAUAAAAAUUAAACUUACAUCUAGUAUGCAAUUAAGCGGAGGAAGUAAAGUGAAAUCUUAAGCAUAAACCUUGAAAUACUUUACUAUAAUGAGCAAAGAGUAAACAAACGUAAAUAAAACGAACAACACAAUACCAUAAACUACUUUGUUUAAAUCGUUCCACCAGACGUCUUUGAUCCGAUGCUUGUUUCUUUCCAAAUCAUAAUUCUUAUGUUGUCUGUAUGUAUUAAAUUUAACAUUUAUAAAUUAUAAUAAAUGAAAACAUCGUAUAUACUUAUAUAUAUAUAUAUGAAUCCGUAUAUAUAUAAAGUCAUUCGAUUUGAAUCGAGAAUGA